AUGGAAACUGUCCAGAAACCAAUUUCUGAGCAAAGUUUCUCUUCUAUUUCUUGGCAGGAGGAAAUCAAGAAAAAAUUGUUCAGAAAUGCCAUGAAUCGCGAAUGGAAUGAAGUGAUCGAAACAUAUGCACAACAUCCAUGGGCUCACAAAGCCAAGAUCACCCGAUCAGGAGACACUGCGUUACAUAUAGCCAUAUCAGACGGCCAAGUGACCAUUGUCGAACAACUAAUGGAAAAGAUUUUGGGAAAAAAGGAAAAUGCCUGUGAUGUUUUAGAAACUGGCAAUGAACUCAAAAAUACUCCUCUUCAUUUGGCCGCCUCCCUUGGGAAUGUAAAGAUGUGCAGACUCAUUGCUGGUUUCAACUCGACACUAAUUGGGGAACGUAAUAAGGAUGGAGAGACUCCUUUCUUCCAGGCAUUUUUAUUCGGCAGGAGGGAUGUUUUUCUUUGCUUACAUAACAUUUGUGGGCCAGAAAAUGGCUACCUGUACUGUAAGAAGAAAAAUGGAGAGACAAUUCUGCAUUCCGCCAUUUCUGGAGAAUAUUUUUAUUUAGCAUUUACUAUAAUUCAGUUCUACCCGGAUCUAAUUAACGCCGUCACCGAGGAUGGAGCAACACCACUUCAUCUUCUGGCAUGUAUCCCUUCUGCAUUCAGAAGUGGAAGUUAUAUUAGAGGGUUUCGCAGACUUAUUUACUGCUGUAUAUUUGUCCAUGAACCCGAGGACAUAGACCCAAUGCACGAUUUGUCACAAGGCUCGCAACAUGAUACCAAAGCAACAUAUCCAGAAAACUAUCAAACCUGCAUUGGAUUUGCUGGUUUAGUGAGCAAAAUAUUUCGAGUGCCAAAAAUUGGUCGUAGUAAAAAUGAGAACAAGGGGAUAACAGAUGAAGAAAAUCCUAAAGGAAAGCAACCUGAUUUACAAAGACAGCAAUCUAGUACUAAAUAUGGGAAUAAUGAAAAGUCACAUGUAAAUGAUCCCAGAGGACAGCAACCUGAUACUCAUCAUGGGCGUUCACACCUUCCUCCUAAUUAUGUCACGUGCUUUAAUGUCAUUAAACUCAUAUCCAAAUCAAUGUUGGUUAUUCUUGGCUUAGGGUCUCAUGACAUAGUAAAGCUACGCGAAAAAAAAGAAGAGCACAUUUGGUCAGUCAAAAUCAUGGAUGAACUUCUUAAACGAGCUUCUACCAAUAAGUACGAAAAUACUGGAGAGAGUCCCCAACGUUUUAUGUCGCAUAAACGCGAUGUAGAAAUUCCUUCCUCAGUUCCUGUUGCAGAAAUCCCGGCUGAUAUUUCCAAGCCGGGUGAUGAUCAAACACCCCAAACUAGCGAUGGAGUGGAUAGAAAAAAGGGCACCAAUGGAACUGACAUCGAUGGGAAUAGUGCUUUGCAUCUUGCUGCGAAGCUGGGAGAUCAUCGGCCUUGGCUUAUACCCGGUUCCGCAUUGCAGAUGCAAUGGGAAAUCAAGUGGUACGAGUUCGUCAAGGAAUCCAUGCCAUUGCACUUCUUUGCACCCUACAAUGGACAGAGACAGACGGCAAGGGACAUAUUCAGUGAAAGUCACAAAGGUUUUAGAAGUGGUUAUGAACUUUUUCAGUCUCGGAGUCAUCAUCUUCGUCUCCAUCAUUUUCUUCUUCGAAGGAGAAGAAGUCGCCUGGUUGCUGGUCCGGUCGAAGUUGGAGGCGGAGCAGAGGAAAUCAAGAAAAAAUUGUUCAAAAAUGCCAUGAAUCGCGAAUGGAAUGAAGUGAUCGAAACAUAUGCACAACAUCCAUGGGCUCACGAAGCCAAGAUCACCAGAUCAGGAGACACUGCGUUACAUAUAGCCAUAUCAUGCGGCAAAGAAACCAUUGUCGAACAACUAAUGCAAGAGAUUUCCGAAAAAAAUCAAAAUGCCUGUGUUGUUUUAGAAACUGGGAAUGAGCUCGGAAAUACGCCUCUUCAUUUGGCCGCCUCCCUUGGGAAUGUAACGAUGUGCAGACUCAUUGCUGGUCACAACCCGACACUAAUUGGGGAACAUAAUAAGGAUGGAGAGACUCCUUUCUUCCAGGCAGUUUUAAACGGCAAGAGGGAAGCUUUUAGUUGCUUACAUGACAUUUGUGGGACAGACAAAGGCUACUCGUACUGUAAGAAGAAAAAUGGAGAGACAAUUCUGCAUUCUGCCAUUUCUGGAGAAUAUUUUCAGUUAGCAUUUACUAUAAUUCAGUUCUACCCGGAUCUAAUUAACGCCGUCACCGAGGAUGGAGCAAUUUACUUCAUCUUCUGGCAUGUAUCCCUUCUGCAUUCAGAAGUGGAAGUUAUAUUAGAGGGUUUCGCAGACUUAUUUACUGCUGUAAGUAUAUAUGUCGAUGAACGCGAGGACAUAGACCCAAAGCACGAAUCGUCACAAGGCUUGCAAUAUGAUACCAAAGCAAUGUAUCCAGAAAACUAUCAAACCUGCAUUGGAUUUGCUGGUUUAGUGAGCAAAAUAUUUCGAGUGCCAAGUAAAAAAUUCUUUUACUUUAUAUUGCAAAUUGGUCGUAGUAAAAAUGAGAACAAGGGGAUAACAGAUGAAGAAAAUCCUAAAGGAAAGCAACCUGAUUUACAAAGACAGCAAUCUAGUACUAAAUAUGGGAAUAAUGAAAAGUCACAUGUAAAUGAUCCCAGAGGACAGCAACCUGAUACUCAUCAUGGGCGUUCACACCUUCCUCCUAAUUAUGUCACGUGCUUUAAUGUCAUUAAACUCAUAUCCAAAUCAAUGUUGGUUAUUCUUGGCUUAAGGUCUCAUGACAUAGUAAAGCUACGCGAAAAAAAAGAAAAGCACAUUUGGUCAGUCAAAAUCAUGGAUGCACUUCUUAAACGAGCUUCUACCAAUGAGUACGAAAAUAAUGGAGAGAGUCCCCAACGUUUUAUGUCGCAUAAACGCGAUGUAGAAAUUCCUUCCUCAGUUCCUCUUGCAGGAGAUAUUUCCAAGCCGGGUGAUGAUCAGACACCCCAAACUAGCGAUGGAGUGGAUAGAAAAAAGGGCACCAAUGGAAAUGGUAUCAAAAAAAAGAUGCAGGGAAUUGAAAAGGGGGAGACAGCACUACUUGUUGCUGCAAAGAAUGGUGUGGUCGAGAUGGUGGAAAAGAUUAUUAAAUUUUUUCCGGAGGCUAUAAAUGACAUGAACACAAGCAAGAAGAAGAACAUAGUAUUGUUGGCGGUGGAAAAUAGGCAGCCUCAUGUUUACAGGUUUUUACUCGAAAAGAUUACAAUAAAAGAAGACAUUUUUCGGAAGGUAGACAUCGAUGGGAAUAGUGCUUUGCAUCUUGCUGCGAAGCUGGGAGAUCAUCGGCCUUGGCUUAUACCUGGUUCCGCAUUGCAGAUGCAAUGGGAAAUCAAGUGUUCGUCAAGGAAUCCAUGCCAUUGGACUCCUUUGCACCCUACAAUGGACAGGGACAGACGGCAAGGGACAUAUUCAGUGAAAGUCACAAAGGUCUCAUCCAGAGUGGAGACAAAUGGCUCAUCAGCACCUCCAAGUCAUGGUCCAUUGUGGCAGCUCUCAUAG